GGCUUCGCAGCUACCCGCCCUCCGCGGGUCCUGCCUGGUGACCCCUCCCUCUUCUCCUGCCCAUCGCUCCACCACCCCAAACCCUCCAAGGGCCUGUCCUUUCCGUUCUGCCUUUUCCCAGUCGCGGGUCGGACCGGGCCGAUCCGGGCAGCCUGGGCGCGGUCUCCGACCAUGGCGUCUCUCUUCAAGAAGAAAACCGUGGAUGAUGUAAUAAAGGAACAGAAUCGAGAAUUACGAGGUACGCAGAGGGCUAUAAUCAGAGAUCGAGCAGCUUUAGAGAAACAAGAAAAACAGCUGGAAUUAGAAAUUAAGAAAAUGGCUAAGAUUGGUAAUAAAGAAGCUUGCAGAGUUUUAGCGAAACAGCUUGUUCAUCUACGGAAACAGAAAACAAGAACUUUUGCUGUAAGUUCUAAAGUCACUUCUAUGUCCACACAAACAAAAGUGAUGAAUUCCCAGAUGAAGAUGGCAGGAGCAAUGUCUACUACAGCAAAAACAAUGCAAGCAGUUAACAAGAAGAUGGAUCCACAAAAGACGUUACAAACAAUGCAGAACUUCCAGAAGGAAAACAUGAAAAUGGAAAUGACUGAAGAAAUGAUCAAUGACACACUUGAUGACAUCUUUGAUGGCUCUGAUGAUGAAGAAGAAAGCCAAGAUAUUGUGAAUCAAGUUCUUGAUGAAAUCGGAAUUGAAAUCUCUGGAAAGAUGGCCAAAGCUCCAUCAGCUGCUCGAAGCUUACCAUCUGCCUCUACUUCAAAGGCUACGAUCUCCGAUGAAGAGAUUGAACGGCAACUCAAAGCUUUAGGAGUAGAUUAGUCAGAAAAACUAUGAUAUUUUGCUUACUUACAAUUAUUUAGUAUAAAUCAGGCACAGUGCAGAUUUCCUUUUACAAAACACAUUUAUUUGCAAAAAUGAAGACCACGAGCAAACAGUUGUUUCCUAACCUAUGGCUAUUUUGAAUCUUUUACCAAAGAAUGACAAGGAUGCAAAAAUGGGAACAGUUGGAUUUUAAUGAGAACUAUUUAGGAGCGAGGAUGUGUAAAAACUUGACUUCUUUUUUGCAUGGCAUAGAGAAAUUAUAUUCAUUACGUAGUGUUUACGUUCUAUGUGUUUUUACACGGAAUACAAAAAUCUUGUUAAAUGCCACUAGGCACCAACUAAAGAGACUUGUAAAAAAUAUUAAAAAUAUAUCAUUAAUUCUG